AUGGCAGGAAGAACAAUCAGGAUUGCUGAUAAAGAAAUGAUGGAUAUGGUACUUUCAGAAAACCAUCAUGAAAUGGUGGGAAUUGUGUUUAAUGAUACUUUUUCAUAUCAGCUGAAGUUUAGUUGGGGCUAUGAAAUCCCAAAUAUGGAAGAAAACUCUGAACGUGCAGAACACUGUUGGGAUUCUGCUGAUAAAAUUUUUUGUUACAUGACAAGAUACUGGCAAAAUGGGUUUGUGGCAUUUCAAACUGCAAUUAAUGCUGCAAUUAUAGAAGUCACAACAAAUCAUUCUGUGAUGGAACAGCUGACAUCAGUUAUUGGAAUCAAUAUGACGAUGCUGCCUUUCAUUUCUAAUGGAGAAAUCAUAAAUACAUGGUUUACUUUUAUUUGUAUGGUUUAUUUCUCCCAUUUUGUGUAUCUCCCUUCAUUAAAUGUUACACGGGAAAGAAAAAAGUUUAAGAAACUGAUGACAGUGAUGAGUCUCCGAGAGUCAGCAUUCUGGCUCUCCUGGGGAUUUAUGUAUGCUCGCUUCGUAUUUAUCCUGUCCAUUUUUAUGGCUCUGAUCAUAACAUCUAUCCAAAUUGUAGUAAUUGUUGGCUUCAUGGUGAUAUUCAUACUCUUUGUCUUAUAUGGCCUGUCUUUGCUGACAUUGGCUUUCCUCCUGAGUGUGCUGAUAAAGGAACCUAUCCUUACUGGUUUGGUUGGGUUUCUCUUCACUGUAUUUUGGGGAUGUCUGGGAUUCACUGUAUUAUACAGACAACUUCCUUCAUCUUUGGGAUGGACUUUAGGUCUUUUUAGCCCCUUUGCCUUCACUGCUGGAAUGGCUCCGAUUUUACACAUGGAUUAUUACCUGAUUGGUGUUAUUUUUCCCAAUCCGUCUGGAGAGUCAUACAUAAUGAUGGUUACUUUCUUCAUUCUGGCACUUGAUACUCUUCUCUAUUUGAUAUUAAUGUUAUAUUUUGAGGGAGUUUUGCCUGAUGAAGAUGGCUGCCGGCAUUCACCAUUGUUUUUCCUGAAGUCUUCAUUUUGGUCGCAACGUCAAAACACUCACUAUGAAGUCUUUGAGGACAAAAUAAAUCGUGACCAUUCCUCUGAUGACUCUUUUGAACCAGUGCCUCCAGAGUUCCAUGGACAAGAAGCUAUAAGAAUCAGAAAUGUUACAAAAGAAUAUGAUGGAAAGCCUGAAAAAGUAGAAGCAUUGCAAGGCAUAUUUCUUGACAUCUAUGAAGGACAGGUCACUGCAAUACUUGGACACAGCAGAGCUGGUAAAUCGACACUGCUAAACAUUCUGAAUGGGUUGUCUGGUUCUACAAAAGGUAAGAAAAUAAUCUAUAAUACUCAACUCUCUGAAAUAACUAACAUGGAAGAAAUGAAAAAGAACAUUGGAUUUUGUCCACAAUUCAAUAUUCAAUUUGACUUUCUUACUGUGAGAGAAAACCUCAGGCUAUUUGCUAAAAUAAAAGGGAUUCAGUCAGAAGAAGUAGAACAAGAGGUAAAAAGAGUUAUAAUGGAAUUGGACAUACAAAACAUUCAAGAUGUUAUUGCUAAAAAAUUAGGUGGUGGGGGAAAACUAACAUUUGGGAUUGCCAUUUUAGGAGAUCCUUGGGUUUUGCUACUGGAUGAACCGACUGCUGGGUUGGAUCCUUUUUCAAGGCACCAAGUUUGGACCUUCCUGAAGGAGCGUAAAACAAACCGCACAGUCCUUCUUAGUACCCAGAUCAUGGAUGAGGCUUACAUCGUGGCUGAUGAUUCUUGGUUUCUUUCUUCUAAUAAUAGGAAAGUGUUUCUGUCUAAUGGGAAGUUGAAAUGUGCAGGGUCAUCUUUGUUUCUGAAGCAAAAAUGGGGUAUUGGAUAUCAUUUAAGUUUACACAGGAAUGAAAUGUGUAAUCCAGAAAGAAUUACAUCCCUCAAUAGACAGCACAUCACUGAUGCCGAGUUAGCAGCAGAAAGUGAAGAAAAACUUGUGUACAUUUUGCCCUUGGAAAGAACAAAUUUCCAGUCAUACCUUCAGAGUAUCAUUUUCCUUUUCGUUAUAAGGUGUCUGGAAAUGAAGUAUGGAAAAAAAACAAUGAGGAAAGAUCCAGUUUUCAGGAUCUCCUCAAGAAGUAGGGAAAAUCAUCCAAAUUCAGAAGAGCCAGAAGAAGAUGAAGAUGUUCAAGCUGAAAGAGUGAACCCAACAGAUGCACUCACUACUCUGAACCUUUUUCAGAAACCAGUCAUAAUGGCAAGCUGUUUACACAAGGAAUAUAAAGAAAAAGAAAGUUGCUUUUCAACAAGAAAGAAGAAAAUAGCCAUAAGAAAUAUCUCCUUCUGCAUUAAAAAAGGUGAAGUUUUGGGGUUGUUGGGACACAGUGGAGCUGGUAAAAGUACUUCUAUUUAAAUAGUAACAGGAGACACAAAGUCAGCUGCAGGAGUGGUGGUUUUACAAGGCUGCAGAACAUCACUGAGGCAAGUGGAAGAUGACACCCUCAAGUGUUUGGGGUACUUUCCUCAGGAAAAGUCACUGUGGCCCAGUCUUUCAGUCAAAGGAAUAGGCAAACAGGAUGCUGCUCUUAGUACUUCGCGAUUGAUGGAAACUCUCAAGCUCCAGGAACAACUUAAAAUUCUCAAAGUCUUAUCUGAGGGAGUAAAGAGGAAGCUGUGCUUGGUGCUGAGCAUCCUGGGAGACCUGUCAGUGGUGAUUCUGGACAAGCCGGCCACAGGGGUGGACCCCGAGGGGCAGUAGCAAAUGUGGCAGGCAGUCCAGGCCAUUGUUAAAAACACAGGGGGCGCCCUCCUGACCACCCACGCCAUGGCAGAGGCCGUAUGUGACCGAGUGGCCUUCAUGGUGUCCAGAAGGCUGAGGUGUAUUGAUUCCAUUCAACAUCUGAAAAGCGAGUUUGGUAAAGAUUAUUUUCUAGAAAUAAAAAUGAAGGACCCGACUCGAGUGGAGCUUCUCCACACAGAGAUUCUGAAGCUCUUUCCACAGGCUACUCAGCAGGAAAGAUAUUCCUCCAUUGAUGGUGUAUAAAUUACCUGUGGAAAAGAUGUUCACCCUCUAUCUUGGGCCUUUUUCAAAUUAGAGGCAGUGAAACAGACCUUUGAUAUGGAAGAAUACAGCCCCUCUCAGGCUACCUUGGAACAGGUAUUCUUAGAACUCUCUAAAGAACAGGAUCUGGGAAAUUUUGAUGAUGAAGGUGAUACAACAGUUAGAUGGAAACUCCUCCCACAGGAAGAGGCUUAA